AUGGAAAUACAGGCCAUAACUUAUCAAAACGUUUUAUUUGUAUUAUGCUAUGAGAGUCACAUUGACUCUGAUAUUGUGAAACCCCUGGCCCCGUACCCAAACACUUGCUGGUACGCUAAACCAACGCCAGCGAAAACACAAAAGCCAAAAAGUACGGAAAGCUCGCGAACUAAUUCCAAAGACAGUCUCGCUGAGGACAAUAUCAGUCAAAGUUCAGUUGGUGGAGGGAUAAAAGACAAACUGGCUGCCUUGUUCAAUAAAGAGCAGACGAUAAGCGAGACAACAAUAGCGAAUAAGUUCAAGCAAGAGAGGGAGAAGGAGAUGGAGAUGCUGCAGAAUAGAUUUCAUUAUAAGCAACCCCCUCCACCAAAGCCAGACGAUUCCGAUGAUGAUGAAACAGAUCCCUCAGAGAAGGCACCUCUGAUGGGCAGUACCAGUAGCCUAUCUCAGAUUAGAAAACCUGAGAUUGUAAGCAAUGUGCCUAAACCUGAGGUAGAGGAGAUAAAAGAAGAUGAUAAAGCAGCACAGCCGGUGAAACGUAGAAGUUCUCAACAGGACUCACCCGUAGUCCUAUCAGUACUAGAGGACGUUAAAAGGAUCAAAGUGAACAAUAAAGAGAAUGGAGCAGUGGUCCAACAACCAACCAGUCUAUACCCACGCCUCUCAGACAUAGAAACAGACACGCAAGAGGAGUACUCUGACUGUGGUGGUUCUAGAGAGGAUAUACCCGCGAAGUUAAAUAAAUCGGACGAUUGGGGCGAAACGUCGUUUGGUCGCGAAGUUAUGAAUGUCGUAAAGAAAAACAAUACAAGCUACAAAAAAGCUGUUCAAAGCGAUAGCGAAGAAAGUGCCUGUGACAGUGAAUUAGAUGAUUUGUUGGACGAAGCAUUGAACGAGGGACCCACCCCUCCCAAAGUUAAUAAGGUGAAUGAGCCGGCGUGCCUCUCAUCAUCAAGUUUCGUGUACCAGGAUCGAGCGCAGUUCAAGUCUCCGUUAAAGAACCAGCCAGCAGCCACUCCAACCAGGCACGACAAGGGCAGCGAGCUCGUGCACAGCGUCAGCUUUUACAGGCGAAUGCAAGCGUCGAGCACACCAUCGACACCAAUGCGCGUUGUUCGUCACACGUCACCUGAGCGCGAGGCCCCACCAACGUCUGAAGUGCCGAACGUCACUACUGUGCGUCAGCGCAUCAAGGAGUUGCAGGGGGAGAUAUCGAAGCAGCAGACUGUUAUAUCACAGGCAAGUCAAGCAUUAAAUCUAUGCGCUGCUACGAUUGAAUUCAGUGGUUCAACGGAACAAGCUGAAGGAGAGAGACUACUAUUAUUAGCAACCCACCGCCGUCAAGCCUGCCUCCAUGAAAUGCAGAGGUUGCAGGUGGAAGGCGCCGGACCUGCAGCCACAGCUGGGAUGGCCUCACUGCACAUUCAGAACAUUCGUGUGCCACUUCGCAGGGAUUACGUCAGGCAGCUGCAUGCUGAUGGCGCUGUAGGGCAUCACGCGGUGUGUCUUCUCAAAUGCCGAGACAGAGUUUUGGCAAGUAGUAUGCAACUGACUAAACCCAACGCUCCACUCAACUUCCCUGACGAAAUAAGUAUGGACGGAUUGGCGAGUGAUUUUAAGGUUACGGUCGAAGUAUAUUUACUGCAAGCCUCAAUAGAACUUUUACCACAUGAUGUCAAAUAUCACAUUUCAAAUAAAAAAGGCAACUCAAAACUUCUAACACCGAAGUCAAAAGUGUCAGAAUUAAAAGCGCCCAGAGUCCAAAGUCCGGCGGGACCCCACAGUGUGCGGACACCACAAUUCCAGCUUCACGGAUAUUGUAUAUUCGCAUUGCAGCAAGCUAAUAGGAAGAGUUUUACGCUUAAUAAAGUUCCAAGCGGUAGUCCUCUAGAAGGCAACAUACACGUAGACAUACGGGCGCGCGUACGCGUUUCGGCCCCGCCCCCUCAUGCGGCCUUUCUUACCGCCUUUGAUGACGUCAGUGGUCUAGGGGCGUGGCACAGACGCUGGUUCCGUUUGCAACCACCGAUGCUCUCCUUCUGGAAAUACCCUGAUGAUGUUCAGAAGAAAAUGCCAAUCGGUGAUAUAGACCUCACAACGGUCACGUCCGACCGGGUCACAAGAGCCCCCAGGGACCUCUGCGCUAGGCCUAACACUAUCCUGCUCGAGACAUCGGUGCCUGCCGGUCUCAUAGUCCCAGAUUCGGGCUCCCUCGUGUACUUUAAGGGAUCGGAUGGGGUUGUGAGGAGGCGACAUCUGUUGGCCGCGGACACACCGAAAGAUAGAGAUUUGUGGUUGGAGAUGCUGAAUAGUGCUUUGGAGUAUGUGAGGUGCUGCAUCGAAGAAGACGAGUAA